AUGCUCAUGGUGAAGCCAGGAACUCCUUACCUUGACGUGCUGCGUCGUGUCCGCCAGAAGACAAACGUGCCGCUCGCUGCUUACCAGGUUUCUGGGGAGUAUGCGAUGAUCAAGGCGGCGGCAGAAAAGGGUUGGGUCGACGAGAAGGCCGUCGUUCUAGAAACCCUUAAGGGCUUCCGCAGGGCUGGGGCCGAUGCAAUCGCGACGUAUUACGCUAAAGAUGUGGCCAAGUGGAUGGCGGAGGACUGCACCGGCAGCAGGAGCUUUACUGAGCCUUGCUUCUAG